UGUGCCGCUGACGUCCCGAGCAGUGCUGGGAAGUAUAGGCUGUGUUGUCACGCCGGUGUCAGUCUGAUGAAGAUUGGCAUCAGGUUGACUCUGGAGCAGGACCCUGAGGCUUGCCGUCCUCCAUGCCGCUCACCAGAAGAGGGACCGUGAACCGUGCCCUGGCUCCAGCCAACAAGGAAGAAUUGCCGGCCCAGCUGGAAGUGAGAAGAGGGGAGUGAGUCUCCUGAGGGCCAUCCCAGAGGCCACCGGGAUCACCCGAACAUAUGCCAUGAUAAGGGCUGGAUCUGUUAUGGUGAGAUGGGGCCCCAACUCCAAAGGACCCUGCCCGGGAUUUUAUCCUCCAUGUGAAUCCAUCCCAUGAUGCAACAUGCCUCCCCAGCCCCCGCUCUGACGAUGAUGGCCACGCAGAAUGUCCCUCCCCCUCCCUACCAGGACAGCCCACAGAUGACGGCGACCGCUCAGGCCCCCUCUAAGGCCCAGGCUGUCCACAUCUCCGCACCCUCGGCUGCUGCCAGCACACCUGUGCCCAGUGCCCCCAUCGACCCCCAGGCCCAGCUGGAGGCUGACAAGCGAGCUGUGUACAGGCACCCUCUUUUCCCGCUCCUGACGCUGCUGUUUGAGAAAUGUGAACAGGCCACCCAGGGCUCUGAGUGCAUCACCUCCGCCAGCUUUGAUGUGGACAUCGAGAACUUUGUCCACCAGCAGGAACAGGAGCACAAACCCUUCUUCAGCGAUGACCCAGAGCUGGACAAUCUGAUGGUGAAGGCAAUCCAGGUCCUGAGAAUCCACCUGCUGGAGCUGGAGAAAGUCAAUGAACUCUGCAAGGACUUUUGUAACCGUUACAUCACCUGCCUCAAAACCAAGAUGCACAGUGAUAACCUGCUCAGGAAUGACCUCGGGGGGCCCUACUCCCCCAACCAGCCCUCCAUAAACCUUCACUCACAGGACCUCCUGCAGAAUUCCCCCAGUUCCAUGUCUGGAGUCUCCAAUAACCCCCAGGGGAUUGUGGUCCCAGCCUCAGCGCUCCAGCAGGGCAACAUCGCCAUGACAACUGUCAACUCACAAGUGGUGUCAGGUGGAGCCUUAUACCAGCCGGUUACCAUGGUAACCUCCCAGGGUCAGGUGGUCACCCAAGCAAUCCCCCAGGGAGCCAUCCAGAUCCAGAACACACAGGUUAACCUUGACCUCACCUCCCUCCUGGACAAUGAGGAUAAGAAGUCCAAGAGCAAACGAGGAGUCUUGCCCAAGCACGCCACCAAUAUAAUGCGUUCUUGGCUCUUCCAGCAUCUCAUGCACCCCUACCCCACAGAGGAUGAGAAGAGGCAGAUCGCGGCCCAGACAAACCUCACCCUCCUGCAAGUGAAUAACUGGUUCAUCAAUGCCCGGAGGCGUAUCCUGCAGCCCAUGCUUGACGCCAGCAACCCCGACCCUGCCCCCAAAGCCAAGAAAAUCAAGUCGCAGCACCGGCCCACCCAAAGAUUCUGGCCCAACUCCAUUGCUGCAGGGGUGCUGCAGCAGCAGGGCGGUGCCCCGGGGACAAACCCCGAUGGUUCCAUCAACCUGGACAACCUGCAGUCCCUGUCCUCAGACAAUGCCACCAUGGCCAUGCAGCAGGCUAUGAUGGCCGCACACGACGACUCAUUGGAUGGGACAGAAGAAGAGGAUGAAGAUGAGAUGGAGGAGGAGGAGGAAGAGGAGCUGGAGGAGGAGGCUGAUGAGCUGCAGACAACGAAUGUCAGCGACCUGGGCUUGGAACACAGUGACUCCCUGGAGUAGUCGGGCAGCCCAGAUGGCACUGAUCACCGAGCAGGAGAGGAGUGUCGUCAGGAGGGCUUCAGGGUGGGGGGGAAGGAGACACGGGCAGGCAGCACCGAGGAAGUUGGACCCUGGCUUCCCAAAAUCAGUAGCUGGAGGAAAUGCAGAGGAAACACCUGCUCCUUCCCAACCACCAAGCUUCAACCAGUACCCUGGCCCCACUGCCCUAGAGCUGCAGGGGACUCCGUUUGGCGGGGCCAGUCGAGCAGCCUAGACAGGAAGGCAGGAGUGAGAUCUGGACUCACCAAAUCCCUGAGGACAGAUGGCACCCAGGCCCCCCAGCCCCCGCCACUGAAGGACUUGCGUUGUUUCCAAGCCCUGCGCUGUGAGGUGGAUCAGUUCUGUCCACAGAGUGAGCCUUUGCCAGGGAACAGAGUUAGUUAGGAGGAAAGGGAGGGAUAAGGGAGGUCUGGGUUCCACCUCCAGAGGGUUCUCAGCUCCUCUGAGAGACAUUCAAGGGCAGGAGGGAGCCUGAACGUAUAAUCCAUGGCUGGAGGAGGGGAACGGCCUGAGGCAUCACAUCCGGCAAACCAGAGUGGGACCUGGAUUCCCUAGAGCUCCUCUCAGUCCUCCAAGGCCCCGUCUCUGGGCACAGGCAACCGUGGACUUGGGAGAGAGGGAUGGGAGCCACCAGAGCCACCAGAGCUUCUCUCUCUCCUGGAAAUCAGUGGUAAGCUGGUGGGCUCAUUUAUAGGAGGUUAGGCGGAGUCCCUUCACCUGGGUUGGCUCCAGGACCCAAGGAGAUGGCAGAACCUGGGCUAGGAGCCAUAUCAAGGUGACUUUGGGGACCACAGCUGUCCCCAGUGGCCACAGAACUCAGCUCCUGUAACAACAGGACAGCGGUGUCUUAUCCCAGAUGUUCCAGCCCUCGGAUGGAGCUCCCCAGACGUCCCACCCCCUCCAGGGGCCAUCAGAGAGGGUGGAGACGGGUUAGCUUGGACUCUGUCCACCCUCCCCGUCCCUCACUACUGUCCCCCUGCUCCCAGGCCGGCUCCACCAGCCUUCGUCCUCUCGUCUUCACUCUAUCCUUCAGAGGAGGCAGAAGAAACAUUGGAAAGCAGCAUCCAGCCCAGUGGGAAGCCAGGGGUUGGAGAAGGUGCUACAUCCCUCUUCCCAUCAAUAUCCAAAGUGUGGAGGAGGUGCCCCACCCCCCACCUCACUGUUCUACACACCAUCACUUACACAGCACUGGAGGAACUGGGGCUCCACCAGGAGGAGGAGUCUUCCCACCAUCUGCCCAACACACACCCUCCCACCCCAACGUCCGGUCCCCCGGGGUUGGCACCCCAUCCUCCCGUUCCCUCCCACCCCUAUGGCUGUGAAUGACGGGACUGAUCACACGUGUGUUUUCCAUUGAAUUUAAUUUAAUGGACUUGCAGCUUCAUUUGUCAGUUGUGCAUUGGCCAUCUCCGUCAGUGGCAGGAUGUAAGCGGCUGCCUGGCUCAACUCGAGGGCCCCCGCAGGGCCCCCUAAGGAGGAGCAAAAGGAUGGUGGCUUUCCUGAGGUCUCCCUGAAAUGAAUGUAUUUCUUCCCCCAAAAGAGCUGAUAUUUAAUGUUUUAAUAGGGAUUUUUGAGAAACAAAUAACCUUAUUUAUAAUCUGGGUGAGCCAAUCAUUUUUUACUCCCUUUUGAUGCCAUAGGUAGAGGAAAGUCUAGCUUUUUUGGCGUGAGACUUUUGCAACGUGAAGUGGGAUAAAAUACAUUUCCUGUUCUGGUUCAUUUUUCUUGUUCGCACACACACCCUUCCACUUAUCACUUUGGACAGGCAUCACACCCCAGCACAGGCACACCUGCACACACGUGCCCACACAUCCUCCUCCCAGCCCCCUCCACCUGCCUAAUGUUAUGCAACCUCUUCUGAUGUAUCCACCAAACCAGUACUGAAUGUGGCCGAGUUUUCAGUAAACCUUAUUACCUAACAUAA